AUGGAUAAGGUCAUAGGAGAUCUUUCAUGCGUUAUAAUUCUCUUAUUGGUGAAAUACACGUACAUUUUGCUUAAAGGGUAUUCGAAAUUUUUUCUAAACUUGUCAUUGCUGGAUGUAGGUCCUCCACAUCUAAGGGACAUCUUUUACAGGAUGGGUCUCUCGGACAACGACAUAGUGGCCUUAUCAGGGGCUCAUACACUGGGAAGGGCACACCAGGAAAGAUCUGGAUUUGAUGGUCCUUGGACUCAGGAACCCCUUAAGUUUGAUAAUUCCUAUCUUGUCGAGUUGUUGAAAGGGGAAGCAGAGGGGCUGCUGAAACUGCCAACUGACAAGGCAUUGCUGGAAAAUCCUGCAUUUCGCCCUUAUGUUGAGUUGUAUGCGAAGGAUGAGGAUGCAAUUUUCAGAGAUUAUGCAAUCUCGCAUAAGAAGCUCUCUGAACUGGGGUUCACGCCAAGUUCUUCAGGCAGCAAGACAGUAGCGAAUGGUGCCAUAUUGGCACAAGGUGCUGUUGGAGUGGCAGUGGCUGCGGCUGUGGUGAUCUUGAGCUAGCGCAAGAAAAUGAAGCGAAUGCUGUUCUCUGAUUUCCCUUUGUACCUAGCAUAUAUUUUAGCGCUUAGUGCUGCCCGCCCCAUAUAUCUUCAUCCACAAUAAUGGUCAAAGCAUUGCCGGUGCUUGAAUGGAACAAGCCAGCAAACUCUUUGA